CGCACCUGAAAGAAGGAGCAAAUCUCAAAUGUUUAUAAAGCUUCAGCGGUCAAAGAAGUCCGAUCUAUAUCCAGUGAUUGUAUCUCUUUAGGCGGAAGUUUGGUACAUUCGUUACGUCACCCCAUUCCUCAUCAUCGCCUUCAUCGCCCUGAGCGUCAUCUGCUACAUCAAAAUUGCUCUUGUGUUCCUUGAAAGCAAGCAGAAUUUCAUGCCGUCCAUCGCAAGUUUAAAGAAGAAACGAAUCAAAAAGUCAGAUAUUAUUCCUCAACAACCAACAUACAAGGUUCUGGCUACCAUUGAUGUGAAGUCUUCUCUGGUACUGGCAAAUCGCUCUAAGAAACACAAUCACAGCAAAAGAUUGAAACCGUUUAGUAAACACCUUUCAGCACUGCACCAUCGCAGUGUCAAACUGAAGGCAGUACGAGCUCUUGAGAGAUCUCGCAACCUGUUUAAAAGAGAUCUUCAAAAUGUCCAUCAAUGUCAUCCUGCAAAGACACACCCCAGAACUAGGAGUAACGAAGAUUUAAAACUAAAUAGAUCUCUACCUGGGCACAGUGGAUUUGUUAGAAAGAGUCUGUCCACUUCUUCACUUCCUGACCUUCCAUGUUUGUUAUGCCUAUCUCCGUCAAUAGCUUUUAAUAAAAGCUACCCGACGCUUUCAAACGCAAAACGCAUACUAGAAGUAAACACAAUAGAUAAAACAUACAACAUCAAGCAGGAGCGUUUUCUAAACGCCAGUUCUUAUUCUGUUAAAAUUGAGACAUCUAUAGAUAAAAUAGAAUGGCCAAAUAUUUCAGCAGAAAAACAAGUUUACCACACAAAUGUUAAAAAGUCAUUAACCGAGUCUGAAAUAAGUAGGUUUCUAUUAGACCCUACCGAAAAACAUUCAAAUGUGGAGCAGUAUUUUAAGGGAUGUCCAGCUGACAUCAAUAACUGUUACUGUCGACAAAAGCUUUUACAAUCAAAAUUUUCAAUUCCGAAUAGCCAAAAAAAGUUACAACUAGAUUUUCAUCUGGAUAAAAAUAAUAAAGAAUCAUUUCCUGAAUCAAGACAAACACACAAAUACAAGUCUAUGAAACAUCUGUUUGUACUAAAUGAGAAUGAUGUGAGAUUGGGCAAGUGUCCCGUUCUGGAAUUUCAUUAUAAUUCUGGAAUAAAGUUAGCUGCUGACAAGCGAUUUCUGGGAAAGCCAUUUAUCUCUUUACCAAAUUUAUUUGAAAAGACAUUUUUGAUAACCAAUGUUCUAAAGCGUGCACAUUUAACGCAGGCUGUGCUAUCUCCGAGUUAUUCAUCAUUGCCUUUUCCUGACCUGAACUCUUCCAGUAACAUGCAUCACGUGCGUUCUAAUUAUAAUAUGUAUUCUCUCUUGGAUCCAACUCUACACAAAAAGGAAUCAGACGAAUGUUUUCUACCCCUCAGAAACUUGACUCUCACCAGGUCCGACACAUCUUGUAACAAUCUCACACAUGCUUUCUCUGAGCCCAUACCGUCACCUGUAUCCGUAGACAAGAGAGAGGUAUUAAGUGGUAGAAAAUGUGCUCCAUCUAACUCGUGUUUACAAAGUUCACUGGGAAACGUCCAAAAACACUCCAGGUGUAAAAGAUGUAAAUACGAUGUCCACAAAGCCAUACUGAAAGUAGCCCAAACAGAGUUAAGCACCCUUGGACAUGACACAAAGUUAUACAAGUCUUACUCAUCACAAGGAUUACGAUAUCUUAAUAACAUUGGGGUUAAUGCCAAAGAAAAACAACUCCUAGGAUUGAACCCUGACCUCAUACAUUCCAGUCACUCCACUCUAUCGAUUUCAAGUCUUUACCGGGUUCGUUCCGAGCCUAAUAUUGCCCGCAAAGCUCUAGCCAAAGAAAUGUCCAAGAAUAGCCGCCAUGCCAUCAACAUAAUAUUUGUGACACAGAUCAUCUUCAUCGUGUGUAUGCUGCCCACUACGGUCAUCUUUAUCUGCCAUGGGCUAGUGGAUAUUCCGAUCUGGCUCUACAAGCUGUCUACCACAUUGGCCUCUCUCAACUCUCUAGCCAAUAUUUUCGUAUACGCAGGAUACAGUGUAAAGUACAGGGCAGCCAUUUGGUCAGUCAUCAGAUGUCGCUUUGUGAAGUAAGCCCAUUGAGAGGAUGGCAGGAAAGUCUUAUUGGAAUUGGACAAACCAAACAGUUUAUAAUGGAACAAUAAACCAAGCAUUUAUUUAAGACAUUUACCGUAUUAAUGAAAUAUACAUUGCGGUACUCUAGUCGUAUAUCUUAUCUAUAUUUUCGUUGUUUAUCUUUAAAAAAAAUAUUUAACAGCCUUCUUGGGAAUAGCUGUAAGCACUCCAUUUUCAAAUUUAACAAAAAUGUGCUAAGUUUAAAAACUAUAUUUAUACCAAACGAAUCUAGGAAAACAGUCAACGAAGAAAAAAGGUGAAGAGAUGAGGGAUGUUUAUUUUAUGGGAUAAAUUAUAAUUAUGUUAGACGAACUCAAUGCAAAUAAAUGAUGUUGGCCAUGAGUUAAUUUAGCUCUGACAUGCAGGGUUCACUGUCGCUUCCACUGCCUUCUACUAACAUACGAGGUUCACUGUUGCCGCCUGUGUCUUAAUAUUUCUACAGGGUUCACUAUCUCCACUAGCACGGGUUCACAGUAAGCGGUACUCUCUAGCUUCAGAAUGAUAAUUUACAUGAGCUAACUGGAAUGUUUCCCACUAUCAGGAACGACCCUUUCCAGUUUCCUAACAAGACUUCUUCCUGGCCAGACAACCUACAUUAAUUCUCACCUUCUGACCACACUGGCAAUGACCAUUUCUACAACUCAGGCGAUUGUAGCAUAUCUUGAGUUCUUCUUAUUCCAUUUACUUAGCCGGAAACAACAGCUAAGCAUUUUUGUCUCUGCCAGAGUUCUUCACAUAUAUAUACAUUAUUAUUAUUAUUAUUAUAGCUUUGGCCCAAUCUCAUUUGUGGACCAGUGGGGGGGGGGGAGUAUUUAGGAGUUGGUUUUCCGUGGUGCCUAUAGGCGCUCAGUAAACGCAACUCUGCCCGAGUCGGGUGUCGAACCUGGUAGCCAUGACAAACCAAGUUCAAUCGCUCUUAGCCUCUCGACCACGCUUCCCACAGUUUUUAGUUUAUAACUCUAGUACAUCUGAUCAUACCUCUAGUACCUCACGCACAUCUAUUAAAUAAAGCUGUUUCCUGUUAGUUUGCAUUGAAAUAAUGUUUC